AUGGCCGAUAGCUCGAGGAAGAGGAAGCAGCCUGCCAACACGGGCCCCGGUAAUCCUGUCAAACGCACCCGCUUCCAGCAACGACCCCAGUACGUCAUCCCCGCGGUUUCGACUAGCAACGCGUACCCCAAUGGCGAGAUCAACGUCAAGAACUUUCUCAAGUCGCACGAGAAUGAGAUCAUGUCGCUCGAGGGCGCCAUGAAGGCGGCCAAGAAAGGCCUCUCGCGACGGGCUUUUCAGGAUGUGCCACGGGAGUUGAGGAGGAGAACCGCAAGUCACAAUCCGCAGCGCGUGCCGAAGAGAUUGCGGGUCAGGGCGCGGCAGGAAGCUAAAGAAGACAACACGCCCAUUGCCAGAGGUACUAGUGGGAGUGGUAUUGGGAAGGGCAAGAAGAAGUUUCUGAGGAAGGAGGGGAGGGAGCAGAGUCGGCAGAAGGCGAAGAAGAGGAGGGAUGGCAGUGGGAAAGACGACGAUGGAGACGCGAAGAUGGAGGAUGCGCCGAAGCAAGUCACGAAACCCUCACUACCGAAACCGAAGCGCAAGUUCCCGCCCUUGGCCACGCCGGCUACCCCUCCAUCGCGAUUCCGCAGACGCCAGCGAGACAAGACAUGGCUUCCUACGCACCUGUGGCAUACCAAGCGCGCAAAGAUGACGGACCCUAAGGAGCCGCUCUGGCGGUUUGCGAUACCGUUGCAGCCAGCGGUCAAGGCAUAUCGUCUCACACACAGAGCUGCAACCCUUCGGGGAGCUGUCGCGUGGGAUAUGAGCUACAUGUCAACUCUCAGCCUAGAGGGUCCUGAAGCCAGUAUAGCGGGGUUACUCAAGGGUCUGCACUUCUCUGCAGAGGACGCAGAGGACCCAUGGCAGAACAGAGGCAGGGCUAAGAAGUGGCGGAAUGGCACUAGGACCUGGGAAGGCUGGAUAUACGAAAGAGAAGCGAAGCCGCUGGUGAAGAUUGCUCGGGUGACUAUCGUCUGGUGUGCACCGCAUGCAGAUGGCAAAAAGACGAAAGCUUUUAUUCGGGUGCAUCCGGGCGCUUUCUUGCAACUCUGGGAGGAAGUUGUUCGAACUGCUAAAGUGCAGAAGCCAGCUGUUACCGUUCGAGAUCUCCGUUUCGAAAUUGGGUCUAUUGAGAUUACGGGUCCUGCCGCUGCGGAAGCCCUCUGCUCUGUUCUUGCUCCUGUGCCUUUCCCUGAGGCUGGCUCUGAUGCCCCACAGUCUCUUUGGCCGGCUUUGGCUUCCGUGACGGACGCUGCAUCCUUACCGGCGGGUGCGCUGUUAGCGUUUGAUAUUUCAGAUCCCCGACUUCACGAUCCUCCUCGAACUUCGCCCAUAUCGCACGAUCAACAGUCGCUGACUGCCUUGACGGAAACUCUCGCGACUUGGCCAGUAGACAAUACCUCGACUCCAGCCUCAAUCUUCGACACCAACAGCCGGCUAGCCGCACAGCGAACCAUGCCGUCUCAAAAAUCCAUUAAUCGUCGGAAGGGUGCAUGCACAUUAGGCGAAGACCCUGAGGCCCGAUCCACCGACCCGCGCAUUCCGACACUUGUAUUCGUGUCACGAGAAAGCAAGUCCUGGACCAUUCUCCUUCCCUGGAAAUGCGUCAUGCCUGUAUGGCGACAGAUAAUGCGCUACCCGGUUUCCACAGGCGGCAACCCCAGAUUCGGCGGCUUGAAAGAGAGACGUCAGGUCGACUUUGAGCGCUCGAAGCCGCACUUCCCGUACGACCAUCCUGGUACAGAGGCUGGUUGGGUCUGGGAAGAGCGUGAGCGUGAAGUGAGGAAGCACGAGUGGACUAAGCGUCCGAAGGGGAAGAGGAUUGAAUGGUCGACUAUAGAUCUCGGUAAGGGUAGGAAGGGCGAGAUUGGAGAUCCGUGGUCUUGCGACUGGCAGAGGUUGAUUGCAGAUGUGUCUUCACGUCAAGAAUCUCGAGCUCCUGUCAGACAGCUCUCUUUCAGACAGGCAGUUGGCUUGAUUGACGGUACGGCUUCGUCGAGCGGCUCGUUGCCAUCAGAUGUAUUCACUGUCAAGAUCACAAUGGUCCAACGAGGCACCCCUACAGACUGCGCUCGCAUCUACCGACUGCCUAGCGACCCACAACUCCGUGGGCAAUGGCUAGCCCAGCUGCCACAACCCGGCACGAAGCGUACGUCGACGAAGCAACAGAGUCGAGGUGUCGUUAAGCAACCAGACCAUAUCCAGCGCAGGGAUCUUGCAAGGAGUCUCCUAGACAACGGCCCACCGAGCGCUGGCGAGGAGAAUUACCCUCUAGUGCCUGACGAAGUGGAUCUAAUCGGCUUCGUCACAACGGGCAACUACAACCUCGCAGAGGGCAUGCCGACCGCGGUUGCAAAUCUGGUAAUGUACAGGGUACUCAGUGCUGGGUCUGACUCGGGCGUGCCAAAAUCGGAUCGCGUGUGCAUUGUGCGACAGGCGGGAAGUACCAUCGGCAGGCUGGCGAGAUGGGAGGUAGUCUAG